CAAGCGGUUUCAUUACUAACAGUUUCUUUUGUAGACAUAUAUUCUGUAGAUUAAAGAAGCAAUAUUACAAAGAGCGAGAAGCCGCUGAUCUAUUUCUAUUUUUUAGCGUGUACAUUAUGGCAACGGUGAAAAAGGAUGACAGAUUAACAAGUACUCAGAGUUUCCUUUGCGUUGGUUUUGCUGGAGUUUUUAGUAAAACAGCAACGUCUCCCCUUGAAGUGGUAAAAAUUUUAAAUCAAGUGGGGACAUUUCAUUCUAAACAAGGCUUCCUGCACAGUUUUCUUCUCCUUUAUCAGAAUGAGGGUCUGCGAGCAUUUUGGAAGGGAAAUAUGAUUUCCUGCCUUCGGUUAUUUCCCUACAGUGCCAUACAUUUGGCAACUUACAAAAAGAUUGUCCAUCUUCAUAUGGAUGAACUGGGACACAUCACACAGUGGAGGGCUAUACUGGCCGGAGGGUUAGCAGGUAUAUCUGCUGCUCUGGCCACAUAUCCACUGGAGAUAGUCGAGACAAGGUUUAUUGCCCAGAACUGCAGAGAGCCUACCUACAGAGGCCUGCUCCACACACUUUCCAGUAUUUACCAACGUGAAGGGCUUCUGGCUUUGUAUCGGGGCUUCUCCCUUACUGUUUUAGGGGCAGUCCCUUUCUCUGUCGGCUGCUAUGCAGUCUACAUUAAUUUGGACAAGCUGUGGCAGGAACCGCACUUCCGCUUCACAUCUCUGCAGAACUUCAUCAAUGGAUGUUUAGCUGCAGGCGUUGCGCAGGCCUUCUCCUUCCCCUUUGAGACCGUGAAAAGAAAAAUGCAGGCUCAGAGCUCUCGUCUGCCGCAUUUCGGUGGGGUGGAUGUGCACUUUAAUGGUAUGCUGGACUGCUUUAGGCAGGUGAUCAGAACCAAGGGCUUUCUGUCUCUGUGGAGUGGCCUUACAGCUAAUAUGGUGAAGAUUGUCCCUUACUUUGGUCUGCUGUUUAGCUGCUUUGAAAUGUGCAAACAAGUUUGUUUGUACCGUAACGGUUACAUUGUGUCUCCACUGAGCUACAAGCUCACACCGGGCGUGGACCAGAGCCUGGGUCCUCACGAACUGCAGGAAUUCAAACGGUACCUGAGAAGGAAAUUACAGUCACAGAGUUCAUCAAUAGGCAACCGAUGGUAACGCUUCUGUCAAAAGAAAAAAUCAGGAGUCUUUCGCAUUUCCACGUGGCACAAUGGAAUGAAGGCUGAUUUUAUAACGUGAUAUUGCAACCUUUUAUGAGCCAUAAGUAAUAUUACUCAUGACUGUAAUUUCAGCUUUCGUGAAAUGCAUUUUAAGCCUCACUGCAUUGGAAAACAGCAGCACAAUCAUGUGAAUUUUGCACAUCCAUACUUGAAGCACAAGAAUUCUCCUGAGCAAUACUAGCUUAAGUGUUAAAAAGCAAAUCUGUAAGUCAUUGUUGCGCAUCAUUGUGACUGUAUUUUGGAAGUAUUUGCAUGUUAACAGGGACUGCAUGGCUUUUGUAAGCUGGCAUUGAAUAUCUGAAACACAGUUGAAACUUUGGGAAUAUAAAGCACUCACUUUUUUAAGUGUCACUCAGGAAUUCUGUUGGACAACUUGUUAUGAAUUAAACCGCUCAGUGUCAAUCACUGUAAGUUAUAUGGUUCGAAUCCCUCUCUGGCGUUAGUGUUUGUACUGUUUUAAUGUCUUUUGUAUUCAUGUGCCUUAAAAUUUCCACAUAUUUAAGUUAUGUGUAACAUUGGAUCUUUUUUCUUGGUUUUUAAUUCAUGUAACUAAUAUGAUGACUCCGGAUCAAGUAUUUUGGGAUUUCACAGUGUUGUACCGUGAUAUGUUCAGGUCUUACCGAAAACCUGAUUCCAACUGUUUGAAAUCAUAUGUACAUCCUUAUAUGAUAUACAUGUUUAUCUUACACGGCUGAAUGUAAUAUAUUUGAAUCAUGAAAGUGUUUUUUUUUACUUAACAUAAAUGUGUAUUUAACUAAUUCCCAGUGCAUUAUGAGAUAUGUUGGUGCUCAACAAAAAUUAACAUUGAACUCA